CCAACAAAAAAAAAAAAAAGGAGAAAAGAAGAGAGAUAUAGAGAGAGAGAGAGAGAGGUGGAACGCGGCCUCUCCCAUCUCUGCGCUCCGAUCUCUCCCAUCUCUCCGCUCUCCUUUCCAGCCAGCGCAAGAAAGGAGGAGUCCGAAAGCGACAAGCGGCCGUCGGCGGCGACGGAAGUCGAACGGCCGGGAUCGGCGGGGAUCCGAGAGGCCUCAAGCAUCCAGAUCGUGAAGCACAACUGUCAUAGCUGCACCAAAAAGGGAAGAAAAAGAAACAACUACAGUGCUUUUCCUCUGUUCACCAAGAAGGGAGUUGGGCACAGUGGACAGCUUUUCUUGAGAGGAACACAAAGGAAGCUUGAGUCCACAGAGCAAAUAAGAUAGGCUGCACUGGUAUAUGGUUUCUUUAUUUGUUAGAAUAUCUUCUCUCUGUUUGAGUGUGUCAAGAUACUGUUCAAAAUUCAGCGGCCAGGAUCAGGGAGCGACUUACCCCAGGUUGGGGAGUUUGCUCCUUUCCCUGUGACCCGGAGGAUGAAUUCUUCACAUGCUGUUGCAAUGGAUGAUGAAAUGGAAAAUGGAAUGGGGUCAUAUCAGGAGAGGCCAAGGACUUUUCCCUCCAUGCGGAGUAAAUCAUAUGCCCCUUGGAUUGUUCGGAUAUUUAUGGGAAUUAAUCCCCGUGGCUUAUUUGUUCUAUUGCUCUUGGCAUUUGGAGCUGUAUUUUACGUUGGAGCCAGUACUUCACCAAUUAUUGUCUUCGUGCUUUCUAUCUGUAUCAUCAGCUUCUUCUUCUCCAUUUAUCUCGCAAAGUGGGUUCUUGCAAAGGAUGAGGGCCCCCCUGAAAUGUCUCAGAUAUCAGAUGCCAUACGAGAUGGGGCGGAAGGUUUUUUCAGGACACAAUAUGGAACCAUUUCCAAGAUGGCAAUAUUACUAGCCCUUGUGAUCCUCGGCAUAUAUCUAUUUCGUACUACUACUCCACAACAAGAGUCAUCUGGCCUAGGAAGGUCGACAUCUGCGUACAUUACAGUUGCUGCUUUUCUUCUAGGGGCUCUUUGUUCAGGUAUUGCUGGGUAUGUCGGGAUGUGGGUGUCGGUCCGUGCAAAUGUUAGAGUUUCCAGUGCUGCUAGACGUUCUGCAAGGGAGGCAUUGCAGAUUGCUGUACGUGCUGGUGGUUUCUCAGCCAUUGUUGUCGUUGGCAUGGCUGUAAUAGGUGUGGCAGUCUUAUAUGCGACAUUUUACGUUUGGCUGGGGGUUGAUUCACCUGGUUCAAUGAAGGUUACAGACUUGCCUCUUCUCCUUGUUGGAUAUGGUUUUGGUGCCUCAUUUGUUGCCCUUUUUGCCCAAUUGGGUGGUGGAAUAUACACUAAAGCAGCUGAUGUUGGAGCUGAUCUUGUUGGUAAAGUGGAGCAGGGAAUACCCGAAGAUGAUCCUCGAAAUCCUGCUGUGAUUGCAGACUUGGUAUUUAAGCUCACUUUUUAUGCUUUGAUGGCAUACUCUGCUCAGCUAGUUUCUUGCUGGACUUGAUGCAUUUGAUAGUUUAAUUAAACUCAUAGUUCAUGAUUCAGUGUCAAUUUCUAAGUUCUAACACACUAUCUUAAAUUCAUCUUGAAUUUGAUUACAAAUCAUUGAGUCAUACUCUUGUCAUACGAGGUUUUUUUGCCAUUAAUGUAAAGUUCACAGACCAUUGGGAAGACAAUUUAUUGUUGUUGUUUAUAUUCUACUCCCAUGCUUUCUGAUUGUAACUUAAGAGUUAUGUUUUUCACAUAUUCGUCCUAUCUAGCUGCACUUGCAAGUCACUUGUCAUUAGUGAUUCAUCACCCUAUUGUGGUAAUCAUAGUUACUAUUUGAAUCAUGAUAUCUUGUUUGGCUCAUGAUAGUACUCAAUUUAACAUGAUCUGAGGAUUUAUAGUAAGGAUAAGUCCACUAAAUGGGUAUGAGCCUUUGCAUCAUAUAAUUCUCACAACAUGUGAAGCAAAUCCAGUUUUCAUCUAUACAGACAAAGAAAGCAUUUUCUAGUUCUGACUCUAACGGAAAAGGAUCGAGCUAAUGCGGUGCAAUGUCAUGGUGGUGCGAAACUUCAAUUUAUUACAUUGUUUCCUUCAACCGGCACCUCUUCUUGCUGUUUCCUUGUACUCUCAAGUUAAAAUUCAUAGAUUGAAUAGCAUAAAAAUGAAAAUUAGGAUCUGAUCCAUCAGAUUAACUUAUAAAUGCAUCUCGUGGAUGUUUGUACCUGCAUGGGCAAAUGCUGCUUGUGCUUCUUUCUGUCCUGUACUUGAUCCAAUAUUUUAGUUGAAAAAUAACAAAAUCAUCUAAAUUUAGAUAAUCUUCAUUACCGCCCAGUCAUCACAAUGUAUGGAUAUGCUCUUGCAGACUUAAUAUAAUAGUUGUAUCCAUAAAUAUAAACAAAUAUAACACUAUUUAAGAAUACACUUAUUGCUCUUAGCCUAGUUUGAGAACAUAAAGUUGGAUUGCUUGGGUCUCUCCUUGGGACGGAUCUGUAGAUUGCUGGUUGGAAAGCUAAAGAUUAACUAGCUUGAUUCAGUCAAAUAUGCCUUUGUAAUUGAAAUUCUAAAGGGCUGUACUUUAAUUGUCGUAGGGUUCUCUCCUUGUCACACCAUACCGUUUGAAUAUUGUAUAUAAUCUAAUUCAGGUGCAAAAUGCUCUUAGUUGUAGUUUUAUAAUCGUUGCCAAUAAUACUAGUUAAAUCUUGUGGAGUAGGUCUUGUUGAUCCUUUUUUUACCAUUCGUUACUGUCCAGAAAUGCAUGCUUCAUUGACCCACAGACAUUACUUUUGACUACUUCACCAGCACUGUAAAUGAUAGAUGUUUAAAUAAUUGAAUGACUUUGCAAGAUAUAGAUAUAUUAAAAUGCACUAUUCUGCUAUUCAUAUGAGGUGAUUGAGAAAUUGGUAAUAAUUAGCUGGUGAUCAUUGUGGAGCAGUGGUAAUGGGAACAUAAGUCUUGUCCGGUUGGUCAAUUAGGUGUUAAAUAGAGAAAAGUUUUGUGGAGAUGUUGGCCUCUGGUAGUCAGAAAGGAUGAGACAGUGGCAGUUCGUAAUGCUAUUCCUUGCAAAUAUCAUGGAAACCAGUGACCUGUGGAAAGGUGUCUGUAUAAGUAAGGUGGUUAUUAAAUGCGCUUUAUUUCAAUAGGUGGUGGCUGUUGAAUCUAGUUCUUAUUAAGAUGUCUGCUAGACUUUAGCAUUUGCAUAAAUAUAUGAGAGAGCAACUUGUGAAAGUAAAUAACUAAAGUGCAUUAGUGGUCGUAUCAAGAUUGCCACACAUGCUUUAUGGGACCAGUGAGAACUGUGAAUAGCUUCUAGUGGGCUGAUGUGUUUCCAUUUGUAAAGCAUAAGGCAAUUUUUAAAAACUGAUGCAUUCAUUACACUUUUGAGCUCUUUGUGAGUCUCUGAAUGGAAGCUAUAUGGUGAUCUGCUGAUAAUGUAAUGCAAAUUUUCUGAUGAGGAAAUGUGAUUGUUAGAUUGGAAGUAUAAUGAAUACUUUAGGAGAAGGGGCCCUAGAAAUAAAUGAGAUGGAAAUUCAUCUAAUGCAAGUUUAGUAGGAAUACAAAUGAACAUGAGGCCAAGCUAGAAUUCAUGGCCCAUAUAUUGAAGAGGAAUCAUUCUCAUCAAACAAGAAAAGGAGAGAUAGAUUAAAAAAAUAAUAAUAUGACUAGACUAGGGUGAAUGGAGGGGGGAGGUGAUCUUGUGUGAUUGUUGGAUGUAAUUGAGAUCCCACAAAUGAAAUCUGAAAAAUUUCUAUGAAGAGAACAAUGUUGGGCAGGUUAUAUACUGAGUUAUAAAGAGGGCAGGUGUAUAAAAUAGGCACAUUCCUUUUUAUGUAUUUGUGAACACACCUGAUCUCUAUUUAUAAGAUGGUAACAUGUGAUAUACCAGCCAAGAUAUUGCCCCCAUCCAUGAUGCUCCUGAGAUGCCGGAUAAUGGCCUGGUGAUGGCCCCUAAUGCUGUGGAUGUGUGCAAGGUUUUGAAUCCCGUGGGACUAAUCCUAAUGAUUGGAUUCAUAUGCUUAAUUCCUGAUAGGAAAUAAAAUAGUAAAAUGACUAUUCAUUUUUUGUAUUUUCAUCAAAUAGGGGCAAGUCUUCUCUAUAUAAAAAUGGUGGUUCAAUUUGAUGUUGUCUAAAGAUAUGGCACAACAUAGGUGUGGACUAAAUCAAUCAAUGGGUAGUCUUGAUGCUACCUUCUUGGUGCUACAUCAUUGACACGGAAAUUUAGAUAAUUGUGAAAAAAUGAAAUGGCAGCAAUGGGCCUUGAGCUUUAUUUGCCAAGUCUCUAUUCCUUUAUUUGUAAAUUGAAGCCAAAAAAUCCAUAAACUAGCUCAUGCUGGAGGAGUCAUCAAUUCCUAUGAGGAAUGCUAUGCCAUUUACAACCCCUGCAUUUUUCGGAUGCGUGAAGGCUCCGCUGACCUGAAGUGAUUGAGAAAAAUUCUUCUUUCUCAAUGACGAUUGAUUAUGAAUCUAAGACCUACCCUUCUAUCUACUGUGAAUGGUGAAGGAGCUAGGAUUUCAAUCAAAAGAUGGGUCACAAUUUUAUUCUAAUCUUGAUUUCAGAUAACUAGCCUAGCAAAGCCAACAAAGUCAUCUUUUCUCUUUCCAUUUAUCCUCCUAAAAAUGACAGAUUUCUUUUCCUGGGGGUCAUAUACGAAUUUUUAGGGGUAUGAGAUCUGCCCUAGGAUGCACAGAUUGGGAUGCUAGGACAAUAGCGGGACAAUCUCAUCUCGAUACUUGGUAUGGUACCCAUCUCAACGUCCCUCAAGAUGUUCCACCGGGAUUUGAAACAAUAGAUGUAUGUACAUCUAGUACUCAUUGGAGCUUGGCCAGCCGUGCUUAGGGUAGUAGAAAGCAGCAUUGUUCUCUGAUCUCCGGUUAUACUCAUAUCCAUAGGUGAGAUAAUAUGCAGAGUUAGAUCUUAUGUGAUUACUGGAAGAAACUAAAUGGAUCUUGGAUGGAGCAUAAUGUCCAUUCUAUCUAAUACGCUAGGAUAUCCAUCUCCAGCAUACGAUGAGAUUUGUUGUCCAUUUUAGCUAUCCGAUGCACUGAUAUAUGUCAUUAAUGUUGACUCCCUUCAAUCUACGUAACAACCCAUGAGUCUCUCGAUACUUCUCCUCAUCUCCUUUUGUCUUUUGCCUAAUCUUUUCCAUCAGUUCAACUUCUAAUGUGGUAGGUUCACAUAUGAUCAUCCUAUCCUUGAACAUGGAUUCUCACAAUUGAUCCUCCAACCUGUGCAUAACUAUCCUCAUAUCCGUAAUCCUAUGCGCCCCUGGCUGCACCAUUCCUGGAUCCUUUCCCCUUGUAGGACCUCUCUCUGCUUGAUCUAGUUUUCAUUCGGGCCCCAUUGUACCUAUCUUGCACGGCAUGCAUAAACCUUGCCUUGUUGAUGAAUGGAGUGAGGCCCUGAAAUAACCACCAGCUCCACCACCUCCAGACUGCCCAUCUUGCCCUCUUUGGCCUUCUGACCCAUCACUUAAUCUAUCAUUAUCAUCAUUGCUGUUAUCACAACAUGAUUCAGAUAAGUCAGGAUCUGAUGGCUCUACAGUGACAUUGUCAUCUUUCUGGACUGGUAUGUUGUCGGUUGUCUCAACCAGAUCAAUGAUUGGCACUUUUCCCUUGGACUUGCUUUUCUUACUGUCCUGAUUUGCCUUGGAGGCCUAUGCAUCGUGUGGUGGCCCGAAUAUUUGGUGAUGGAAUCGCUAACUAGAGUCCUUAGACAACCGUCAAGUCUCCUGUUUGUUCUCACUCAUUGUGGAUGAGAUAUGCUUCUCUGCCUAUCUGUCUACAUCACACACCUCCAACUCCUCCAUGAUGGUAUGUCUGGUUGUAGAGGAUCCCUGGCUCAUUUAGCAUUUGUGUCUUGAGACUGUUGAUCUGCUAUCCAUCCAGAUUUAGGAUCUUCAUCAUCGCAACAAAGUCAUUGGCCAACGGUCUUCCUGGCUC